CUUGACGCCUGGGCCUUCAAGUUGCUCUGCUGCUGCACACCGUACACAGCAGUCAUGACGGAGAUCUCACGGUCCAACACAACGAGCGUGUCGACGAGACAGCAGCAGUACCUCUUCCGAGAUCGUGUGCUGGAGAUGUUUUCGAAGCGCGAAUCUAAGGGAAAACGGCACUACGGGGCCAACCACCUCAUCGCGGGAACCACAGCGGGAGUGGUGACGACCGCUGCUCUCUACCCACUAGACCUAGUCAAAACUAGAUACCAGGUUUACGACAAGGGCCCGUCGCCGUACAAGUCGCUCGGGACUGCGUUUCGAACCAUCAUCCGGGAGGAGGGGGCAAGAGCGCUCUACCAGGGCCUGGGUCCAGCAUUACUCGGGAACGCCGUCGCCUGGGGAGGAUUCUUCUACUGUUACGAGAAGAUUAAGACCGCGAUCCGCGCUAGAGUACCACAAGAGGCUGAUCUAGGGGCGGUUCACCACCUCGGGGCGGGAUACGUCGCGGGGGCGAUGAUGGUGUUGGCCACCAACCCCGUGUGGAUGAUCAAGACCAGGAUGCAGCUGCAGGACAAGAAGGCUAAGAGCGGGGGGGUUCGUCCUUACUCGGGGCUGAUGGAUGCGGUACGAACAAUAACGCGCGAAGAGGGGCCGCUGGCGCUGUACAAGGGAGCGGUGCCAGCGCUGAUGCUGUGCGGCCAAGGAGCGGUGCAGUUCGCCGUGUACGAGUGGCUGAAAGCGAGAGUGCCGAAGCGAAACGAAAAUACGCCGCAGGAGUCGCUCUUGAUGGGAGGUGCGUCCAAGAUUUUGUCUACCCUUGUGACCUACCCUACCCAGUACCUUCACCGGUAAAUUGCACACAAGAGUCAUCCAUUGCCCCGCAGUAUGUAUCACUGUAUGAUGAGGAGACCGGUCAACGGUACCUAUUAUUUGGAAAGCGCUUUCUGACCGUUUCGUUCCGACGACCCGACGUUGCUGUUUUAAUUUCGCCUCUUGUCUGUCCGACCAACCUCCCCCCCUUUGAUCAACCCUUCCCGAAAAGGUCAUCAAGUCGAGGCUGCAGCAGCGGGGCACCGCGGAGGAGACCCAGGCGGGAUCCUCCCGCUAUCGGGGGACGUUGCACUGCGCGUCCGAGAUCGGCAGAAAAGAGGGUGUCAGGGGUUUCUUCAAGGGUUGCGUGGCGCACGCCGUGAGAGCCGCGCCCGCCUCCGCCAUCACGUUCGUCGUGUAUGAGGAGGUGCUCAAGGCGCUGGCAUAGGCUUGGGUGUGUUGCAGCUUGCUAGCUUCUGGUGCUCCUACUGUGUUGUUGGUGCCUCCUGUUUUUUCUUUCAGUUUUUAAUAAUCGAGAGCGCUGCUGCGUACUAUCUGCUGCUGCUGCUGCCCGAUGUUGUGGUGUGGCGGUAGGUGCCGUCUGCUUCGGGUUUGAGAGUCCGUGUUGGCUUCCCGGGGCUACUCUUAUAUGAACAUAUGGAGUUGAGAUGUGCUCUCGCUGUGGAUUUUCGUUUCGUACGUUGCCGGUGAGCACGUCGUGCUUCGAUUUUUGUUGUGUCCCGACAAUUUUAAGUUCUUUAGUCUGUGAUGUGAGAUCGUGUGGUUCAUGCGUGGUUGUUGU